AUGGAUGGAAAAAGUAAAACCUAUUGGGUUGAUAAGGAUGAUGAUGAUGUAACUGAUUCAAUUUCCAAUGGCUCUUUGACAGAAGAUUCAAUGUGUUCAUAUUUUUCUUCAUCAGAGAUGGAUGAUGAUGAUCAAGAAGUUUCAUCAUCUUCAACUUCUAGUUUAUCAUCUUCAUCUUCAUCAAAUUUAAAUGGCCCUUUAUAUGAAUUAUCAGAACUCAUGAACCAUCUUCCCAUAAAGAGAGGAUUGUCUAUGUUUUAUCAAGGGAAAGCACAGUCUUUUGGUUCUUUAGCAAGGGUGGAAAGCAUAGAAGAUCUUCCUAAGAAAGAGAAACCAAAUUACAGAAAUAAAGUGAAAUCUUGCAAGAGCUUUGGUUUGUGCACUCCAAAGUCAACAAUAUCAAAGAAAUCUUCAAGGGCACCUUCUUUAUCAGUAAUAAUUUCUAGAAGGAGAUUCCUUGGAGAGUCUAGCUAG